AUGAAUCUGACAUCUUCGGUCAGUAUGGUUUACGAUGGCGGGCAUUAUAUUGUCGUAGAUUCUCCAUCCGCCACAGAUAUACAUUCAAAAGAAUUGAUGUUAAAAGGAAUUAUUUCAAGAAAUGUGUCUCCAGGAGAAAUUCAAUACGUGGUGACAACCCAUGGACAUCCUGAUCAUUUUGGUCAGGGCAAUUUCUUCCCCAACGCUCGACACUUUUUUGGUAGUUACGAAUACUCCGACACCAAUUUUAUUUCCACCGAGCUCCAUACAAAUGACACCAUGCAACUGACAAAAAAUGUGCAACUUUGGAACACACCUGGACAUACCGCGCAAGAUGUGACCGUCAUUGUUCAUAAUGUACCGUGUUGUGGAAUUGUUGCAGUCACUGAGGAUGCGAACGAAUCUGCUGGAAUAUGGUUCCAAGAAGCUUGGAAUCCAAUUAUUGGAAAAUUUAGCAGAAAUAAAGUUCUCUGCUAUGCCGAUUAUAUUAUACCGGGUCAUGGAAAAUUGUUCAAAAUUUCUCGAGAGAUGAAGACCAAUGCGGAUUGCUACACGAAAUACGAAAAUGAGCCCAUGAAACACAAUGGAACAAAGGCUGAACAAUUACCGAUGUUCAACGCAUUGACAGAAACACCGUCGCCGGCAGAACAAUAUCUGCUCAAUGAAUUGAAAGAAAAUCCGUUGGCAAAGAAACUCCAAAAGAAAUUGAGCAAUGUACAAAUGCCUGCUGAAGUAGCUCCCUACGUUCAGCAAUUUGCCAAGAGGAUUUCAAAAGUUUUGGAGCCGCAAAAUGACGCAUUAGCUCCAGAUGUUUUACCACAACUGAGAAGAUGGAGGGAUUCAUUUGCCAAAUUUUGGAAGCAAUACAUGAACGCGAAUUAG